AUGGCGGUUUACAAGGACUGGGCUGACUUCCAGGCCACGGUGAAGGAGAUCAAAGGGCGUGCUCGCAGCGAGUUCUUGGAAAAGGUCAAGUUCGCGUCAGUGGAGAAUGCGCCCCCGCUCCCCAACACCGAGGCGCGCCGCGCGUUCGUGUUCGCCCAGACAGCGGGGUUGGCCCCAAAGGAGUACAAUUGCCCGACGUGCGAGCACCCCUACACCAUUGAGCACAACGCGGAAAGCGAUCGCGCGGGCAGGCUCCGUUGGAUCGGCCCCAGGUACAGCGACGGGCGCUGGGCCUGCAAUGGCGACAAGGUCACCGCGAGUAACUUCUCCUUCUUCCAGAACACGCGCAUGUGCCACUGGAUGGACAAGUUGGACUGCCUUGUGAUGUGGCUUGCGGAUUAUAGCCACAAGACAAUCGUCAUGGAGCUGUCCAACGUGAACCAUCAGAGCGUCGACAGCUGGAUUUCGAAGUUCCGCGAGACUGCUGGGGAUUGGUACGACGCGGUUUCGCCGCAGGCUAUCAAGAAGCUGUUCGCCGACAAGGGCCCGAACAAAGUUGCCAAGCCAUCGGCCUCGCGCCCAGCGGCAAUGAAAACCGCGCCCAAGUCGUCGAAGAGGACAGCCACCAAGCGCGCGCCAGCGAAGAGCACCAAGGCGAAGAAGCCCGUCGGCCGCAAGUUCGCGAAGCAGGUGAAGAAGACCAUCAACAAGAGGGCUCUCAUUGCGGAUGAGUCUUUCUUGAACAAGCGGAAGCCUGGCAAACUCAACAAGUGCGCCAGGCCGCAGAAAGACCAGCUGUGGAUUUGGGGCGCGGUCCUCCAAGGGAAGUCUCGGACGCACUUCCUCUUCCGCAUCUUGAAGCACCCCGACGAGGCCGCCAACGGUAAACCGCGCGGCCACAAGGAGAUGCCGGAGAACAUCAGCCUACUCAACUUGCAGAAGGGGGACGCGUUCGUGUCUGAUAAGUGGGCAGCAACGAUUUCAGCCGUGAAGGCGCUGCGCCGAUCUCGCGGUCUCACGGUGAAUACCCUCCCCCACGAGAUGGUGAAUCACGACGCGUCUGAGAUCGUCAAUGAGAGGGGAUUCUCCACGAAUGCCAUUGAGGCAAAAUGGAACGCCCUGAAGCGGUGGGUGCGGAGCAAAUAUGGCGGUAGGUUGCCGAGCCAUUCGAACAAGGAGAAGUGGCGGUGCAUCGUCAACGAGUUCCAGGCGAGGUGCCUCCUGAGUGCCGACCACUCCCUUUUCGAGGACCACUACUACUAUGUGCCGCUUCUGGCGGGCAUCAAAAUGUUUGCCGUUGCGUGA